GCUUUCUUAUUUCCGUACACAAACGCUCAGCUGAUGACGUGUACGCUCUACUACCGUUAGCUGGCUAGCUAGCUAGUUUAGCCACCUGUCAGACUAAUAACGGUGUUAUAAAUUAAUAAAGUUACAACGCAAAGGGAAACACGGAGGGCUCUUCAUCAAUUCAUCAAGAUGGAGGCGCUUUACCAUCAGACAAACAAGCAAAUCCAGGAGGUUCAGUCUUAUAUGGGAAAUCUGGAGAAGUCGGAUCGUCAGUCAGUACACUUGCUAGAGAACGAGCUGCAGGCUAGAACCGACCAGAUCUUCAAUCAUUUAGAACGCCUCGAGAUCCUGGCCAGCAAGGAACCACCAAACCGCCGCCAGAACGCCAAAUUGCGAGUCGACCAGCUGAAGUACGAUGUCCAGCACCUUCGGACCGCGCUGCAGAACUUCCAGCACCGACGCUACGCCAGAGAGGCCCAGGAUAGAGAGAGGGAGGAGCUCAUGAGCCGUACCUUCACCACCAAUGACGCAGAUACCUCCAUCCCCAUAGAUGAGACCCUACAGUUAAACUCCAACUUGCACAACGCACACAGAGGCAUGGAUGACAUCCUGGGCAGCGGCAGUGGCAUCCUCAACGGCAUUAGAGAUCAGAGAUCUACACUGAAGGGGACCCACAAGAAGAUGCUGGAUGUGGCCAACAUGUUGGGGCUGUCGAACACAGUGAUGAGAUUCAUCGAAAGGCGAGCCACCCAAGAUAAGCUCAUCAUGAUCGGAGGCAUGCUGUUGACCUGCGUCUUCAUGUUCCUGGUAAUCAGAUACCUGGGCUGACCCCCCCCCCCCCUCCUCCUCCCACAGCCGCCGUGUUUGAUCAGUCCUGGACAUUACUGCAGAACAUCAUCCCUCAUGAUAUGAAAAGUGGCAGAACUGAUUUUUUUAACAUCAGAUUUGAGUCAUUUGAAAGUAAUAAUUUGUGCCAUUAUAGUUUGUUUACCAACAUUUACAUUAUUUUGGGCACGUGCUUAAUUUUAAAGGCUGAAGAAGACCUUAAUUACAUGCAGUAUUUUAUUCCACUUGAAGCUCUAACAGAGCAUCGGACUCUAUAAUAGAUCUGCUGCUUUGCUCAGAUUAUUUCCACAAAUCCAUAUUAUUCUAUUAAAACCACUCUGAAGCUGUAAAUCACUCCUGUGACACAAACGGCUUUUUCAAUUCUACUUUGAGCUGAUCUUUAAACCUUUGCCUCCAGUGAAUCGCUGUCUGUAAUGUUUUCAUUCUGCCUUGUUGGUUCAUAGACAAAUAGAAAUACUAACAAUACUCCAUGUUUCAUUAUAAUGCAACUCAAGAACACUCUGAAGAAUCUCUUGUUUUAUGUGAUGUCCAUAACAUAACUGUUAGAGAAUUAAUUUGUAAUUGUUUAUAUCAUUUCUCUAGGAUUUAAGCUUGGGGCUAGUCCUCUGGUCUCACUGUGUGAGUGAUUUAAUCCUCUUAUUAUAAUAAAACAUGUUUCAAUACC